AACAGUGGGGUUUUAAGUGUAGGUUGUAAUCUAUUCUUACAGACAGACAGGCAUGGGGUUCACCUCCACCAUGUCCAGGAUAGGUUCCAUGGCGGCCCCCGCUGUUCUGAUUCUGGAUGAGGUGCUGCCUGCCCUGCCCAGCAUCGUCUAUGGAGGGGCUGCCGUGAUUGCUGGAGUUUUUGCCCUCUUCCUACCUGAGACACUCAAUGUUCCUCUACCUGAAACUGUAGACGACGUAGAAGAAAAAUGGUCAAAAAAGCCGCACAUACAGAAACAGAUUGAAAAGGAGAGUGUGGCCCUACAAGACAUGAAAGAGGGAGGAGCAGAAUGUGAAGACGGGAAAACUUCUGGACUUAAUGCUUUAUGAAUACUGGCAUAUGUACAUUAACAUAUUGACUGAUAUAAGUUUAAUGGAAAGGAAUCAUUGCAUAUGCUUGCAGGUGUCCUUCACCCGUAUAGUAAUGUAUAAACGUACCAUUGCCUCAGGAAAAAGAUAGAAAGAAAGCAAUUGUUCUUGGAUUAAAAUGUUACAUGGGCUUUACU